GACAAGACGACAACGCAGGUUUUAGUGAGAGCAGGAAUAGCAGUUGAAAGGGAGUCACGAACUGCUGAGGCACCAAAACACGAAAGAUGACGUUUGCCAGCGACAAACUCUACAAUGGAUAUCUGCGGCGGAAAAUGCCAAUGAUUGCAUCCAACGUGAAAGUGAGAGAAAUAAUCGUCCACCUGCCGUGUUUGACUGGUCAUGACAGGGAAAAUAUAGAGGCAAAAAGAGAGACUUAUGGAAAUCAUGACAGCAUGGUGCUACUUCUGGAGUGUCUGAGGAGGAGAGAAAACUGGCCGGAGCAGUUCAUUGACGCACUUGAGGCGUGUGAGCAACCAACUAUAGCAGAUGAGGUCAGGGCUGAAUACAACGCUCUGAAAGGAAUUAAGAAUUCCAACCCCAGCUCCCCUUCAACAACUGUCGUCAGGGUGCACGUCGAGCCAGCUCCAGCUGCCAGUCAUCCAGAGAACGGUGUGAACUCUCAGGUUGCUGUCGCUCCGCCAGCUGAAGCAUCAGCUCCUCCACAGCCAGCUGCUCAGGCCUCACCCCCUCUGAACACCCCGGUGCAUCCACAAGCCCCGAGCCCAGUAGCCCAUGUACCCGAGGCUGUUCCUCCACCUGAGCCCCAACAGAUUGAAGUGGCACCCCCUCCAUCGACGCCUCCUCCAUCACCGCCACAGAGGGAGGUAAAUGCUCAUCAGGAGCCAGAGGAAAACUCUGAGUCAGACAUCCAGGAUUCAGACAACUCUGUGGCGUCUCCUCUGCCGUCCCCUCCUGUUGAACAGCGUAAAACAGACACUCCUGUCCAAACAACAGCAACCACAGAGGUCAGGCCACCACAGAGUCCCUCUCCUACUCAGGCAAACUCGGAUGUGAGCGAUGGAUCCUCUUUCCUCACACUGACCCCAGAGAGGCCUCCAGUACAGGACACCGCCCCUCCUUUUGAAAAAACACCUGCUGUUGUCCUGGAGCCUGAAGAGACAUCUGAACCUUCUACUACACAGGUUAUUGAAAGCAGCCCACAGAGAGAUGCAGCAGCUACAAACUCCCCCCUGCCUGGUGCCUCUGUGUUUGAUGACAACUCUAUGUGUCUGAGCAAGCCUGGACAACUCGUCAGCAUCCAACCACAAAAUCAUGACAGUCCUACUAUCCCUGCACACAACCCACCGGCGGAGCCCUACUCUGGUAAUAGUCAGCGCCUGGAAAUGAGCGAUGCUGCACCGGAUGCUGUUACCUCUGCCCACGUUCCUGCAUGCCAGGAGAACGGCGUUGGACUCGGCCACAACCAACCGGAGGAGAACCAUUACGAAUCUCCCUGUGAGAGUUUUGAGGUGCGGGAGAAUGUGGUGCAUGUGUCCGGGGAGCCGUCCAUCCUCAACCUAGACGGCCAGAUCUUGGCACCACGAGCUCAAAUCAUCAACGGCGGAGCAGCCAGAGAGAUCACUCCUCCUGCACCAUCCUCCAACACCGCUGCUGAUACUGUAUCGAGCUUAAACACCCCCUCCGGUGAGAGCUACCCCCCCCCUGAGCCUGCACCAGCACCAAAGCUGAAAACACUGCCGGAUUCAGAGGAGAAGACGUUCUCUUACAGCCUCCCAACCAAUACAAAGUAUAUUAUGACUGCUGCAGGCGUGGGCGCCUGUGCACUGUUGAUGGCGUGGAAGUUAAAGAAAUAAGGGGAUUUAAAGGAAAGAGAAGAUUAGGCUUUAAGGCUUUUAAAAGAGGGUCUUACGGGUAAGGUGCCUUAUUGUAGUCAUUGGACUUGGAUGGCAUGAGGCAGCUGUUUAAUAAUUAUCCAUCAUAAUAAUAGCUGCAAGACCUUUGAUCAUGACAUUAAUUUCAAGCCGUGUUGUUAAGUUGGACUGUGUUCUAUCAUGUUAACGUUGAAUGGAGUUGACACUAGUGAUCAAAAACCAAAUGUACCCUUCCUAUUCUAGUUAGGGAACGUCAUGGAGCUGGGCUGAGAUCUCAGGUUAUUUAUGCUGUACAUAUUUGGUUUGUAAAGGUAAACUGAGGUUGUGUAUUAAUGAUAGAAAUGUUUGUAUGUUCACUUGUCUGGUAAGCACUUUGAAGAUAAGGCUGUUGGCUUUCAUCCAGUGAUGAUUAGAGUAUCAAGGACCUGAAUUUUACUGAAUGUGGACUGUGGAAGAAAGGGUAUCAGCAUCACACACAUUUUCUUCUCCUGUUGAUAGUGGGAAAUGAUGGAUUGUGCUUUGUCUGUAUAUAUUUUUACAUAUAGGUAUCUAAUUAUGUGUUUUAAGAAUGGAUGGACAUGUGAAAAACAUUUCAGAGCACCUACCAUGUGUCAGAUAUUCAGCACUCAAAGAAUCAAUCAACCAAACACGCCAUAAUUUUAUUACAUAUUUUGCAAAAUGUAUGUGGUUCAUAGUCUAUACCAGUGGUUUUUAAACUCUUUUAAAACCAUAGCACUCCGUGAUUUUUCUUUCUUGGCACCGUCUCCCAGGGAAGUAGUGACUGUGCUCCAUUAGUUGUAUAUGUAACUGGAUUUUUAAAUGUUUAUUUUGAUGGUUAUUACUUAUUUCUUUAGUUUUGAUGUUUGAAAAUGUAAUAUAAAAAUUAGUACAUGUAAACAUUGCCUAGCUUUUUUUUUUAUAAUAAUGAAACAUGAUCAAAAGUGUACUAUAAAAAAUGUAAAUGAGCAUAUCUUGCUGUAUGCAUGGCAGGUGCUUUGGCAACCACUGGUCUAGACAACAUACUAGGCUGUUAUGUGGUGUAAAUGUUUGAGAUGACAUUUUAUUUUACCAUAGGUUUUCCUCUUUAAAUAGAAACAAGUUGAGUGUGUCAUGUUUGUGAGGUGAGAGUUAAUUGUAAAUAGUAGUUAAUACAAGAAAUGUCAGGAAAAAAAAAUAAUUGAGAAGGUUUUGCACAUUUUAAAAGGAUAUUUUGGCUGCAGAGAUAUAGAUGAAAUAUAUUGUCCGUCUGAUACAGAUAUUGUAACUAAUCUGAGCGUAAGUGUUAUCUAAAUUUGAUGCACUGUCUCUAGCUAUGCACUUCAGCAAUCGCAUCAAUAAAGCUGAAAUUGUAA